AUGACGAAGACCAGUGCUACUUCCAGUAUUAAUAAAGUGCUCUUCAUGUUUUCAGGUUACAUGAAGAUGAGCUAUUACGUGGUUCAAAGGUCUACGGGGAAGGAUCGACGGCGGUGUCGUGGUCAAGGUCGCUUCGCCUGUGACAACUGCGAUCGCCGUUAUCAUCAGAUGAAAAAUCUAAGAAGGCACGUGACGAACGAGUGUGGCAAGCAGCCGACACAUCAAUGCUCCUACUUUGAUCUGAAAUACGUUGCGAUAUCCAAACAUACCUGUGUCACCUGCGGCAAAACUUACAAGCACAAGCAUCAUCUGAAGCGGCAUCAUGAUUUCGAGUGUGGAGUCGACCCGAAGUUCAAAUGCGCCUUUUGUCCACACAGAACCAGAUACAAGGACAGCUUGAUGAAACACAUACUGGCGCGCCAUCAGCAUCUCUUAGAACAGAAUUCGCAAUAUGGUCAUCAACAGGUUUUCGAGACGCAUACCGAUGUUGAAAUGAAUUUUCAUGCACAGGAGACCAAUGCGUUUAAUGUUUAUCCUGAUUUUACACAAAAUCUCUAA